ACCUAGUAUACAGAUGUGUUUUACUACCUGCUGCUUGAUGUAUUCGUCAAGGUGAAAAUAGAGAUGUGACGUUGUAUAUUGCAAAGGAAUGUAUUGAUUAUGUCUCUGCCUGAGGCUACUGAAAAGCCUGGAUGAUGCCAACUACAAAUCUGCUAGUCACAUUUCAGAAGUUUUUUUACCCCAUACUAUCUGGUAUAGGGAUUCCAGUCAACCUCUUCACCUUCUAUAUGAUCAGGUUUCGCAAAUGUGAGAUGUCAGAAACAGCCAUAAUCUACCUUAGUGCCUUGGCCAUUGUAGAUUGCUUUUACCUGCUGUGGGUGGCACUUCUGGACCUGUCCCUAUCCUUUCUCCUAGAUCACCCUUUCUGGCACGCUUACCCUUGGUGUGGGAUCCUCACCUUCCUUGAGUAUGGCUCCUUGUUCAGCUCCACCUGGAUCGUGGUGGUUUUCACAAUAGAACGUUACCUUGUCCUGAGGAUGACAAAGGUCAAAAUGCACUUCUCUCACUCCAAAGCCACUGUGAGGAUCAUUCUUGCUGUGGUUCUGCUCUGUCACCUGGUGGCAAUUCCAGAUUACUGGAUCAACAGUGUCACAAUGUUUAACUACACAAGUGAUGGGACGAACGUCACCUUACCAAGGUGCUUCUAUGAAAACAACAUGUUCUCCACCAUGGUGGUCUGGAUCAACACCUUCAUUUCCGGAGGCAUCCCUUUCACCCUCAUUAUUGUUUUCAACUCUCUCAUUGGAUACCAUCUCACCCAGGCCAGCAAGAUGUUUACCAAGGAACAGCAGAGGAGCAUCAAAGGGGUUACCACCAAAGGCAUGGUCAGAAGGACCAUCCUGCUUCUCUUCACUGUCUCUUUUACCUUUGUUGCCUUGUGCCUCCCUCGCUUCGUGACCUACUGCAUCCUGAGGACUGAAUACAACUACCCAAAUUUCAACAGAGAUGACUACAACCUGUCUAUCAAUGUCUUUGGCGACAUUGCGAUCAUGCUGCAAAAUCUGAAUUCCACCACCAAUUUCCUCUUGUACUGCAUGGUGAGCAAGGGGUUCAGGCAGGAACUGAGGAAUCUGCUGAAACCCAACAGAAGAGUGAAAGAUCUGGGCUCCCAUUUCACUCAGACAACCAUGAAAGUCUUUUCGUUAACGGGUAGCAAAAUGCAUCGCUCCAGGGAUCCCGUCGAUGUUGUACAUAACUAGCAUGUGUAGACAAAACAGAGCCUCUUCUAAUUCAGGUUGCCUAACUAUCCGAAACUAAAGAUAUCCAUGUUAUAAUAAAACCUUACCUUCCGUAAUAAUACAAAAAUAACUACGUGUAGGUAAACUAACAUUUAGAAGAAAAAAACGCUGAGGAAGAUUAUUUUUCCAAAACAAAUGCAAAACAGAGUUGGACUUUAUUGCACUGAACUAAUACUAUGAGACAAGCCUCGCUAGCAGAACUACAAAGACCUUUAAGCUCAACAUAUACUACUGUGUAGUGUUGGGUCAGCACUCUAUUACCCUAUUAAUGAGCAUUUUGUGGUGGAAAACAGGGGAAAAAAUGAUAUAUUUCUGGUAUUAAGGUAAAAAAAAAAAAAAAAGGUGUCAGCUAUUCUCAAAGUUCUACUAACGCUGGGCGCAAACAUCUUUCAGCACUAUGCAUCAGACCAAAUCAACACAUUGCCCAACUUGUGACAGUUCAGGUUCACAUACUUCUUUCUAUCUGCCAUGUGAAAAAUAUGUUGGAUGUUAAAAGUAUUUUUAUAUUGUGUGUCAUUUUUGUACACUGCACCUAUAC